AUGCUCUCUCGCACAGUCCCCAGAGCUCUGCUCGCAACUGUGCGCCCAUCAAUCCGCACAACAGUGCCCACCGGCUCAGCACUGCUCUCGCAAACCCGUACCCUGCGUGCCAGCUCCGGGCCCCAGUUCACACGCUCUUUCCAGUCCUCCCCGGCUAUUUUCAAGGGCAUCCACCCUGAAUCUCAAGACCCUCCUGCUCCUAACCCUCAAUCUGCGCCCAUCGCCGGCGCCGCUGCCCACGUCACGGAGCCUUCGCCGUUGAGCGCUGAGGAGUACUAUGAGUACUCAGAACAUUAUUUCAAUGUGCUUCUAGCCGAGCUGGAGAAGACACAGGAGGAGGGCUCAGAUGUGGAAGCCGAGUACAGUGCCGGCGUCCUCAAUAUUUCCCUCCCAGCAAUCGGCACCUUCGUGCUUAACAAACAACCCCCCAACAAGCAAAUCUGGCUCAGCUCCCCGGUCUCCGGGCCAAAGCGGUUCGACUGGAUAGUUGAAGGCGACUACAUGCACGAAAAGCAGGACUCACGCCCUUUCGUCAAUGGACAGUGGAUUUACCUGCGCGAUGGAUCGAACUUGACUGAUCUGCUCAACGCGGAGCUAGCGUUGCGUUUGCCUCAGGACAUUUACAGUGAGGUUAUUGAGUAG